CCUCCGGGCAUUCAUCGCUUUUUGCCUUUUAUAUUUAGCUUUAAUUUCCAAUUUUACAAUUUCCUCCAACCAACCAUAACUUGUUCAGCAACUGAAACCCCAACUCAUCGGAGAUUGAAGAUGUUGUUUCAGGUGGGUGGGCAGGGCACUCGCCCCACAUUCUUCGAGAUGGCGGCUGCUCAGCAGCUUCCUUCCAGUCUUCGCGCCGCCCUCACUUACUCUAUUGGCGUAAUGGCUCUAAGAAGGCCAAUUUUACAUAAAGUGUUGGACUAUGAGAAUGAGUUCUUUGCCUUGUUGAUGCUAGUUUUGGAGACUCAUAGCAUGAGAACUACGGAUGCAUCUUUCUCAGAGUCGUUAUAUGGCUUGCGAAGAAGAACAGUAAAAUUGAAAUUGAAAAAAGAUGCUCUCCAUUCCAGUUCCACAGAUGGGAUUCAGCUUUCUGGGAUAGAAAAGCACCAAAGAGUCCUUUCUGUUGUCUUUCUGGUUGUGUUACCAUAUUUUAAGUCAAAAUUGCAUUCAAUAUAUAGCAGAGAAAGGGAAACUGCAGUGCGUGCUAGCUUAUGGGGACCAGGUGAUGAAAGUUUUGAUGAUGCUGACUAUCUAGAUGUGGCAGAGAGUCCAGUUGACCAGACUAGAACUUCAGAUCAAGAUCUUUCAUCAAGAGAACGAAUCUUGCAAGGAGCAAAGAAAAUUAUAGCUGCUUGUUAUCCCUGGAUACAUACUGGCCAUGAAGGAUUAACAUUUGCUUAUCAAACAUUGUAUCUGUUGGAUGCUACUGGAUUUUAUUCUCUUGGACUGCAUGCUUUAGGGAUCCAAGUCGGUCGGGCUACUGGACAGGAACUGAUGGAUGCUUCUUCGAGAAUAUCAAGGAUGAGAAGUCGUGAACGUGAGAGACUUCGUGGUCCUCCAUGGUUAAAGAAAUUGCAAGGAGCAUUGCUCAGCUGUAUGUAUGCAGCACUUGAUUAUUCACAGACAGGGUUAAUUGCUGCCGUAUUUGUAUUCAAGAUGAUGGAGUGGUGGUACCAGUCAGCAGAGGAAAGGAUGUCUGCACCGACUAUUUAUCCCCCACCACCACCACCUCCAGCCCCAAAAGCGGCUAAAGAGGGUAUUCCACUGCCAUCAGACAGAACAGUUUGUCCUUUGUGUUCGGAAAGACGUGCAAAUCCUUCAGUUGUUACGGUAUCAGGAUUUGUUUUCUGUUAUGGUUGCAUAUUCAAGUAUGUUUCUCAGUAUAAGCUGUGCCCAGUCACACUCAUCCCUGCUGAAGUCGAGGACAUUAGACGGCUCUUCCAUGACAUGUAGACUAUGUGAAAACAUGGAAUAUGCCAAUGUGCUUUUUUCUUGGCCGUGUUUCUUUUAUUUUCUGACCUGAAAGAUGUUUCAGUGUCCAUUAAGAAGUAUGCUGUAAAUAGUUUUGUCCUGAUAUAUUACAUUUUCUAAAGAUAUAGAUUGGUGUAAAUCUCUUUCCUUUUGUAUUUGUAGUCCUGGAUUAUGUUUGAGGCAAAGUAUGGUGUCGUUAAUAAGUUAAACCUUAAAUGAAAGAGACCACCGCAAUGGUUGUUGCUGGGUUGAUA